AUGAGUAGGUUAAUCUCCUUUCUGAAGAGGAAUCCAGCAUCACCAGUAUCGAGUUCGGCGAAGUCGGUGGAGGAAGGGACUACCAGAUCAUGGGGUGUUCGUAAGGUGGUGUCGGGCGCCUUGAUUUGUCUAAUGGGUGGUGUCGCUUUGAGUGCUCUCGAUGACCUUGCCAUCUAUCAUGGCUGUAGCAGCAAAGCCAUUGAGAAAGCCAGUAAGAACAAGGCAAUGAUAGAUGCUAUUGGGGAGCCUAUUGUUAGAGGUCCUUGGUACAAUGCAUCACUUGCAGUAGCUCACAAGAGGCAUUCUGUAUCUUGUACAUUUCCUGUUUCUGGACCGCAAGGCACUGGAAUCUUUCAGUUGAGGGCAGUUCGUAAUGGAGGUGACACUUGGUUUUCAUUUUUGCGGCCCCGUGACUGGGAUAUCCUUAUAAUGGAAGCUCUCCUCCAUGUUCCUGGAAAUGAAGAGAAGCAGCAAACAUUUAGAAUUAGUCUCGCAGACGACCUCCCUGAUCCAGCCUGCAAGACAUGCAUCGAUCACCAGUCACCGAAAGCAGAGGAAUCAGAGAAGAAAAAUGAAUCUCAAGCUAGUUAG